UUAAUUAACAUUGAUAAAAAAAAAAAAGUAUGUUUUUAUUAAAAUGUUGGUCUAACUGAGUCGCCUUUGACGAACCGCACAUCAAAUGAAAACGACGCGAUGUCAUUAAAAACAGAAGACAAAAUAUUACGCGUUAAUAAUCAAUUAUGUUAUUUUUCAAUGAAUGGAAAAUAUUUAGCUAUUGCAUUUCAAAUUAAUUUAAUUAUAAAAGACGUUAAAACGUGGAAUGUUUUUCGGUCAUUCGUUUUCUCAGAUAUAAUAGAGUACAUAGAAUGGGCUCCAAAUAGUGAAUAUAUUUUAUGCGCUAAUAUAACAAAAGCAACUGUUCAAGUAUAUUCAUUGAUUUAUCCACAAUGGAAAUUUAAAUUUACAGAAGGCAGUGCUGGUUUAGAAAGCAUUACUUGGUCACCAAAUAGUAAGCAUCUUCUCACCUUAUCAGAAUUCAAUAUUCAAAUAUCUAUAUGGUCAUUAGAAGAUAACAGCGUAUUACAUAUACCAAAUUUGAAAUCAUCUGUAUUUAAUAAAUUAAUGUUCAGUCCGAAUGAUGAUCGAUUAGCUGUAAUAGUAACAGACAAUGGUCAUGAGACAGUAGACAUUUAUAAAACUUCUCAUUGGAAGAUAAGCAGGAAACUCAUAUGUGAACGUUUGAACAGUAUCAGUGGCAUUAGUUGGUCUCCAAAUAAUGAUCUAUUGUGUAUUUGGUGUUCAUUAAGUGAUGAAUCAAAGUUAAUUAUAUAUUCUACUCUUAAAGAAAAAAAUAUUGGUAUUUUUUUUCCAUUAAAAAGUAAAAAUAUUUCUGAUGUAGUAAACGACAAAGUAAGAGAAUUGAAAGGAAUUGAAAAUGUUAAGUGGAGUACCAGUGGUCAAUUAUUAGCAGUUAUUGGAUUUAAUGAAAUGAUUGUUGUUCUCAAUCAUAUAACAUGGGAUCCAAUUUUACAAUUAUAUUUGGAGCCUGUCAUUUCUGAAAAUAAUUACUUAAAUAAAGUUUAUAAAGAAUGUGUCGUUCAUUCUAAACAUUCAGUUAAACCUUCAAUCUUAUGUAGUAAACAUACACUGGAAGAAGAAAAUGACCGACCAUUGAAUAUUAAAAUUGGUAAAAUUGAUAAUGGUAAUCAAAUUUCAAUUGCUAAAAUUGAUAUCUUAGAAUAUAGCUCGUGUGGUAGAUAUUUAGCUAUAAAACAUCAAUUAUAUCCCAGUACAUUAUGGAUAUGGGAUUUAACUGCAGAUUAUAUUGAUUAUUUAUUACUUCAAAAUAAUAUUACAGCCAUAAAGUGGAAUCCAGCAUAUACUCAUUUAUUAGUUUUCUGUGAGUGUGCAUAUAUAUUUGAAUGGACACCAGAUAAAGCAACAUGUUUAUCCACGCCAAACAGUAUAACAGCGUUAAAUGCUCAUUGGCAUUAUAAUGGAAAACAAUUUAUAUUAUAUGGAUAUAACAAAGUAGCUAUUUGUCAAAUAGAAAAUAAAUCUUAAUAUAUAUUAUAUAUAUAUAUAUGUAUAUGUAUAAUU